AAAAUGGAAGAUUUAGCAAGUGCAGAAUGUUCAGGCGUUGAUUCGAAUAAGAAUCUACCAACUGCAACAAACGAAUCCGUUGGCUCAUUUCCUUCAAGAUUAAAAAUCAACAAAAAGAGGCAAGAAGGAAAUCCUCUCAUUAAAUAUAUUCGAAAUGUUGUUUUUGAAUGGGACUCAGAAAUAAAGAGUGAUUUUGAAUGUUCUCGCAACUGUGGCAUUGUUUACCUCAGUGCAAAGUAUCAUAAAUUACAUCCUGGAUAUAUUGAAACACGAUUGAAGGAUUUAUCAAGAUAUAAAAUUAAGAUUCUCUUACUACUCAUCAACGUGGAUGACCCAUCAUUUUUGCUUCGCGAUUUAAAUUUGCUUUGUUAUCGAGUUCAAAUAACUCUUGUUCUAAGUUACUCUGUCGAAGAGGCUGCUGAAUAUGUUGAAACUUUUAAAAAGACUGAAAAUAAGAACUUUGAGAAAGCUUUGGAAGAUAUAAAUAAGUGGAAGCAACAAUAA